GAGCAGAGCCACCUGGAGGAAAGUUUCUUUUAGGGGGAGAAAGAGUAACAGUGACCUGGUGGCAGCAAGGCACAGAAACAAACAAGGGAAAUAUUUGAGCAUCCUGGAAGGGGGCCCCUGCAAGGGUCCCCACCGAGCUGUCACUUGAGGGUGGGCAGAGGCUGUGGCUGCACUGAGGGCCACUUGUCUUUCCUGCAGAGAACCAUGCACCACCACUUCAGCCAGCCACAGGAGCAAGUGCUCAUCAACUGCCAGGACAUCAUAAACAAAAAGGAUGCCUGGGACAAGCAAGAGUUCAUCCGCAUGUCCAUCCAAUACAUGCUGCAACAUCCGGCCUUCCAUCUGCUGCUGGCCUCACUGCUGGUGACCAAUGCCAUCACCAUCGCUCUCCGCACCAACUCCUUCCUUGACCAGAAACACUACGAGUUGUUCUCAGUCAUAGAUAACAUUGUGCUGACCACCCUCAUCUGUGAGGUUCUUCUCCGCUGGCUCAGUGACUUCUGGAUUUUCUGGAAGGACGGAUGGAACAUCCUCAACUUCUUCAUUGUCUGCAUGUUGGUCUUGGGGGUCCUGGAUGUGGUCAAUGUCUCAAUCACCUACUGUCUCAGGGUGCUCCGGCUGGUGCAUGUGUGCAUGGCGGUGGAGCCUCUGGCCCGGAUCAUCCGUGUCAUCCUGCAGGCGGGGCCUGGCAUGGCCCAGAUCGGGGUCCUCAUCCUCUUUGUCAUGCUGGUUUUUGCAUUGCUUGGGGUCACACUCUUUGGUGAGUUUGUGCCUAUCCAUUUCGGGAAUCUGGGGGUGGCCUUGUAUACGCUCUUCGUCUGCCUCACGCAGGAUGGAUGGGUGGACAUCUACAGCGACUUCCGGAUAAAAGAAAGAGACUACGCACUGGAGAUUGGGGGAGCCAUCUACUUUGCUGUCUUCAUCAUCAUUGGUGGCAUCAUUGGCAUGAACCUGCUUGUUACUGUAGUGAUCAGGAAUCUGGAACAAAUAAUGAAGACAAAGGAGCAGGAGCAACAGCAUCAAAAAAACUUUAGUGAGACAGGUGCAGAGAAGGAAGACCGGAGUCAUGAGCUGCCACUCCUGCACUGUGCACUUGCCCGCAUGGAGAAAUCUGGUCUCCACCAGGAACCUCUUGUAGGGAGCCCCAUGUCGAACGUCUCAGAAAACAUGCUUGACAAUUUCUGCUUGGUGCUCGAAGCAAUAGAGGAUAACUUAAUUCAGUACAGGAAGAUCAGAGAGGAGCUUGACAACAUUGUGCAGGAGGUCCAUUCCAUCCCCUUCAACAAGGAGCAGGUGGAAGAGCUGAUGCAUAGGCCCUUCUCAAUGAGCCUGAUGGAGAGUGGGUCUUCUGUAGAUUUCCAGAAUAUUGCUAAACAGCAAGAUUUGUUCACUGCGCUGGUUAGCAGAGCAAAGGUGUAUGAGUCUGUAACAAACACGACGCUGAGCAAACACAAGUUUAGCCUCUGAGAAGGCAGGAUGGAAGCCAAGGGAACUGCACACACACAGCCAGCUGCUGUGUCUUCCUGCGUCCUGAGCACAGGUUGGCCAGACCAGGCAUCUGUACUGACAAUAAAGUUUGGUGUUGGAA